AUGGCGUCUCACAACUCCGGCGAAUUUACCCACGGGGACGAGAAGAAAGGCGCAGUGGUUCAUCCUCGUGAUGGGGUCCAGGUUCCUAUUUACAACGACUUGGAGACAGCCUCCUCUGAGGACCUCUCGAUAGGCGCGAUCCUUCGCGGCACAGCGGCAAAGCCUCUCAACACCUUCGAAAAGAAGGCCGCGCUCAUCAAUGUCGAGCUUGACAAGUUCGGUCUUGGAAGGUACCAGAUCUGUAUCUGGUUCCUCUGCGGUUUCGGUUACUUCUUGGAUCUGGCCUGGUCGCAGGGUGUUGGGCUUGUCUCAACAGCCAUCUACCAAGAGAUGAAUGUGGCUGACGCGGACACUGGAACCAUUUUCGCAUGCGCCAAUGCUGGUCUCGCUCUCGGUGCGCUUGGGUUCGGACUGGCGGUCGAUAUCAUUGGCAGGAAGUGGGCUUUCAACUUGACCUGCUUGAUCACCUCGAUCUUUGGACUGCUCUUGGCUGCUCCUAAAUUCAACUACGGUGCCAUCUGUGGAAUCUACUUACUUGCUUCACUCGGUCUUGGAGGCAACAUUCCCAUCGAUGCGACCAUUGCUCUCGAGUUCCUUCCUCAAAACCGCCGUUACUUUGUCGCUCUCCUGUCCAUGUGGCAGCCAAUCGGUGUGGUUGCUGCGUCUGCCAUUGCUCUGGGCACUGCCGCUAAGUGGCGUUGUGACCCCAAGCUGCCAUCCUGCCGAGCUGUUGCAUCUGGAGAACCAUGCUGCACUGUUGACAGUAACAUGGGAUGGCGCUACAAUCUCAUCAUCCUCGGUGUAAUGACUCUUGUCAUCUUCUGCCUACGAUACUUCGUCUUCCACUUCCACGAGUCGCCCAAGUUCUUACUCAACAGAGGCAGAGAAGCUGAGGCUAUCGAGGUAUUGCACAAGAUCGCCAAGUUCAAUAGGGCACCGCCUCCAACCCUGACUAUUGAACACCUUGCCGCAAUCGAUGCCAUGGACGGAGUCGUGCACCAAGAGGCGCCAACCAACCUCACACGAGCAGAAAAGAACAAGCGGGUUGUCAAGGGCUUUGGUACAGAAAUUGCUCGUCUGAAGGGCAUUUUCACUAAUAAGCUUUCCUGCCUCAUCUUCGUACUCCUCGGUAUUGCGUACAUGGGCGAUUACUGGUCUUUCAACCUGGCAGGUUCCUUCCUACCUAUCAUCUUGCUGCGAAACAACGUUGACAACGGCCGCGGGUCUGUCGUAGACACCUAUCAGCAAUACCUCAUCAUCUAUUCGCCUGGUAUUAUCGGUGCUGCUCUCGCUCUGGCUUCCAUACAGUUGCCUCUUCUAGGAAGGAAGUGGUCGCUCGUGUUCUCUGCUGUCUGCCAAGGUCUCGCCAUGGCUAUGUACACGCAGGUCGAGAACACUGCUGGAUACGUUGGCCUUAACGCGCUCGAGUACAUCAUGCAAACUUACUUCAACGCCGUCCUCUACGCCUCUGCGCCCGAGCUCUUUGACACCAGCUACCGCGGUAGUGUCAGUGGCAUGCUCUCUUGCCUGGGCCGUCUGGCAGGUAUCGUCGCCCCCUACGCCGGAUCGCAAUUGCUCGCCAACCAAAGCUCGGGUAUCCUUUGGCUCGGCGCCGGUGGUAUUUGGCUCUCGGCUUUGAUGAUGGUGUUCCUGCCCGUUGAGAUGAGGAACAGGCAGAUGUUUUAG